AUGAGUGUUGGCUUUGAUUCACACCUCAUUAAUCAGUUUAAUCGGAUUCGUGACUCUGAACUUAAACCGAUAUUCUCAAAAUACGGCUAUCUGCUUAAUUGGACGCCGAAAGAAGCUAUUCUUGAUGUUGGCUGUGGAACAGGAGAUAUAUCCUCGAAGUUUAUUUAUCCACUCAUUCCCAAAAAUUAUUCACGCUACGUUUGCUCUGACAUAUCGCCUACAAUGCUUAAGGAAGCGGAGAAGAAGUUUGCGGGGAAACCCAGAGUUUCCUUUGAACUCUUGGACAUAACGAAGAAGUUAAAUGAAACGAAUACCUUUGAUCACAUCUUCUCUAUGUGGUGCCUGAUGUGGGUGGCAGAUCAGUCGAAAGCCUUCAAGAAUAUGUACGAACUUCUAGCACCUGGAGGACGAAGUUUCCACGUCUUCAUUCAGAGGCAUAUUUUCAUGGAGACAAUCUUAGAGGUAAUUCAACGCCCCAAAUGGAAGAAAUUCAUUCCAAAUCCAAGAGAAGUUUAUCCAUUCCCCUACCAAAAUGAUCCUGAUCCCGUUGAAAGAAUAAGGAGCAUGAUGAAGAAGAUUGGGUACGUUAACGUGGAAGUUUAUUUGGAACCAAACACUUUUGCUUUUGCCAAUAAAGAAGAAUUUUUUGGAUUCCUAAUGACCCUUCCGAAUCCUUUGCAUUUGAUGACUAAACCUGAGCAAGAAGAGUACUUAAGAGAAAAUGUUGAACUGGCUUAUGUCAACAAUGUUAUUAAUGAAUCGGGUAAAUUGGAAGAUGCUGGAGACAAUUUAGUUGUUUAUGGUGAGAAGGAGUAA